GCGUCAUAGGCACCCGUCGUAAGUACGCAUGCGCACUCGCGCUCCGCUUGCUGAUGCAAGACACUUAUGGUGAAAAGGUUCUGUGCUAUUUAGCAGUUUAUUCUCACUAAGGCUCUUUUGAAGACACCGGUUUAAUACAGCGACCAUGUCAGAAGACGAGAUCUUAUUCGACCCCAGCACGACCAAGAAAAAGAAGAAGAAGAAGAAGCCCUUUAUGCUUGAUGAGGAAGCUGAUGGAGUUGGCGAGGAGACGCAGCAGGCCGAGCCACGGGAGAUCGAGCCUGAGGCCGGAGAGGAGCGUGAGGUCGAGCCUGAGGAAGAGGAAGGGAAGAAAAAAGAGAUCACAGAUGACCUAGACGAUUUAAAUUUCUUCAAUCAGAAGAAAAAGAAAAAGAAGCCGAAGAAAGUGUUUGACAAUGACAUCGAAGAAGGCAUGAAGGAGCUGAAAAUUGAAGGCGAGCAACCUGAAGCAAUGGAAGAUGACGACUUGGACUUGAUGUUGCCAGCAAAGAAGAAAAAGCCGAAGAAGGUGGAGUUUGUCGAGGAAGGUGAUACAGCUGAGAAGGACGACGCUCUGGAGGAUGAUGAAAGUAAAAUUUCCGAUGGCAUCACGUUCAGCUCUCAGACUGGCCCGGCUUGGGCAGGCUCAGAGAGAGACUACACGUACGAUGAGCUGCUAAGUCGCGUAUUUAACAUCAUGAGGGAAAAGAAUCCUGACAUGGUGGCGGGCGAGAAGAGAAAAUUUGUCAUGAAGCCACCUCAAGUGGUGCGAGUUGGAACAAAGAAAACAUCUUUCGUCAACUUCACGGACAUCUGCAAACUGUUGCAUCGACAGCCUAAACAUCUUUUGGCUUUCUUACUGGCUGAGUUGGGAACAAGCGGUUCUAUAGAUGGAAAUAAUCAGCUGGUGAUCAAAGGCCGAUUUCAGCAAAAACAAAUAGAGAACGUCUUAAGAAGAUACAUUAAGGAAUACGUGACCUGUCACACGUGUCGCUCUCCAGAGACCAUCCUGCAGAAGGACACUCGGCUGUACUUCCUUCAGUGCGAGACGUGUCAUUCGCGAUGCUCUGUGGCCAGCAUUAAAACAGGUUUCCAGGCCGUCACGGGCAAGAGAGCGCAGCUCCGUGCCAAAGCCAACUAACCAGGCGACUUCUACUCUUUCUGAUUCUCCUCUCCAUUCCCGAACCCUGCGCUGCCCCAUCUGGCCACUUCACCUGCUCAGUGCUAGUUUAUUCUCAGUCAUGGACUUUUUGGGUUGAACUGAUAAAAAAGGUUUAGAGUGGUAUUUUUUUGUUGUUGUUGUUGUAAUCUUAAAGAAAACAUUAAAGUACAAUAAGCAGGAGGGCUGGACAGCUUGAGAUACUGGUUUAAUGAAUCGCAUCAUCUCUCUUUUUUUCAGAAAGAUAACAGCUUUUGAUUAAAGAACAUAGUGUGAAAAGCCGGGGGGCAGAGCAUUUCAGACUUGUUUUAAAUACACAUUGGUAGCAGAUUUCGUUCAACUGUUUAGAUUUUUUUUGCAGGAAUGGUGUAGGUGGAAAUCUGACAGAGUCGCCUGUCUGCUGCUGCUUUGUAAACCAGAACCACAUCACAAACCUUUCUAAUGACUGAUUUAGUUAGCAUCCUAUUAAAGAAACCUGUUAAUGAUAAAUAUUUUUCUGAAGCAGGUUUUGAAUAGUUUACAUUGUGUGCUUUGAUUCAGGCUUGAGGAUUUGGACAGCUCUGCUACCUCUGUGACAAAACCCCAUUAGAGUCAUAGGCUCUGCUGAUAGCUGGGCUUAGGAUUUUAGUUGAUUGUCAGUUAUCACACACUUUAUUGAAGGUGACAGCCCCAUACUAGUUUUGAACAUCUCUACAGAGCAGCCCUGCACAAUGCGGGGGGAAAAAAACAGAUUUGUAUGAUUGUGUAGGCUGAAAAAAAUGGGGCAGGAGUUAUGACAGUGUUUCAGAUGAAAAUAAGAUGGGUGUCAUUGUUUAAAACUGAUUUUUUAAUAAAAAUGUACUCUAUAACAACA